CCCAAUAUUUUUCGGAAUCACCUCUGGGGCGGGAGACGGAUAACUCUACGGCGUAUUCAUCGGCCGGUCAAUAUUCCCUCCGGUGAGCCCUGAGAGGAGGCGGCGAUUGAAUGGGAAGAAAUGCUGCACGAGCUGCAGCUUGCUCUUCUUGGUUACACCGGAGAUUUGAUAAUCGAUGAGAGGGACGGGCGGUUCGACGCUAUUUCAGACUUCCCAAACGAACCCACCUUCAAGCUAGCGCCGGAUCUCUCCUCCAUACAGCCAUCCGAGAGGGACAUUAUCGAAAGGCUUUUACCACUAGGCUUCUACUAUAGGGCGCUUGAUCACUUUGCUGCUAAGCAUCGCCAUUUGAGUUCAUCUCAGUUUGCACAAUAUUUUCCUCAUACCCAAGCUUCUGAAUUGCAGAAAAAAAGCCCUGGGAAAGGAAGUGUAUACCGCAGGGCUAUUGCAAAUGGGAUAGUUGAGAUUUUAUCAGUUUAUAGGUCAUCUGUUCUGCAAGUCGAGCAGAACUUGUUAUCAGAUCCUAUGCCUAUUCUGGCAACUGUCACUCUUGGCCUAAACAAGUAUGCCGUGCUUAUGCCACCAAUCUACGAGCUUAUAGCAGAAAUUGAAAGAGAAGAUAUCAGAGGAGGACAACUUCUAAACCUUUUACGUAAAAGAUGCCAUUGUGGAGUACCUGAGCUGCAAGCUUGCAUCCAAAGGCUGCUUUGGCAUGGGCAUCAAAUUUUGUAUAACCAACUAGCAUCUUGGAUGGUUUAUGGAAUUCUUCAAGAUCCGCAUGGGGAGUUUUUCAUUCGAAGGCAAGAUGCUAGUGAUAUAGAGAGUGAAUCUUCUCUUUCAGAUGCCACAGAAAAGUUGAGGUACAAGUCAUCUGAAAAUGCAGCCCUUACUGAUUGGAACAUAGGAUUUCAUAUAUUUCUGGAAAUGCUGCCGGAUUACAUACAUAUGCACAUUGCUGAGUCCAUUCUCUUUGCUGGUAAAGCAAUUAGGGUCCUUCGAAAUCCAGCAUAUUCAUUCAGAGUACAGGAAUCCAUCCACCAGCAACACAUUUUAAGAGGAACUCAAAGGACCCAGGGAUCAAUGGGAACCUCUGUCCUUUCAAAGGAUCCUCUGAAGGGUGCAAAUAUAGUUGCUGAAGAACUCUUCCCACAAUCGGAGGCUGAUAAAAUUGAAGAAAUGCUCCAAGGGUUGAAGCAAUCAUCUGAGUUCCAUAAAAGAUCUUUUGAAUCUGCUGUAAAUUCAAUCUGUACUGUUGCUGCAAACCAUUUAUGGCAGCUUGUAGUGAUUCGGGCAGACUUGAAUGGCCACCUUAAAGCCCUGAAAGAUUAUUUUCUUUUAGCUAAAGGUGAUUUCUUCCAGUGUUUUCUUGAGGAGAGCCGUCAACUGAUGCGUUUACCUCCUCGUCAGUUAACUGCUGAAGCUGAUCUUAUGGUCCCUUUUCAAUUGGCUGCGUUGAAGACUAUAAGUGAAGAAGACAAGUAUUUUUCUAGGGUAUUUCUAAGAAUUCCUUCAAUUGGAAUUGGUAUUCCAAGCUCUGAGAUGAAUUUACAAAAAAUGAAGGUUGAUGUCAAUCUGGGUGUUCUUUUGCAAGGAACAACUCCAUCAGAGUUUUCAGUGGAUGGUUGGGAUGGAAUUGCUCUGGAGUAUUCUGUUGACUGGCCCUUACAGCUGUUCUUUACUCCAGAAGUCCUUUCUAAGUACCUUAAAGUUUUCCAGUAUUUGAUCAGACUUAAGCGAACACAGAUGGAACUGGAAAAAUCAUGGGCUGGUGCAAUGCAUCAAGACCAUGCUGAUUUCGCCAACCAUAGAAGAGAGAAAAAGAGUUGUUCUCUAUCUCAACAUCGUCGACAACGAACAAGACCAAUGUGGCAAGUUAGAGAGCAUAUGACUUUUUUGAUCAGAAACCUUCAGUUCUACAUCCAGGUUGAUGUCAUUGAGUCUCAAUGGAACUUAUUACAAGCACAUGUGCAGACUUCCAAUGAUUUUACCGAACUUGUGAGCUUCCACCAAGGAUAUUUAUCGGCUUUGAUUUCUCAGUCCUUCCUGGAUAUUGGGUCUGUAUCUAGGAUUCUGGACAGCAUUAUGAAACUUUGCUUACAGUUCUGCAGUAACAUUGAGCAGUAUGAAACUAAUCAAAAUCUUUCUGAAUUGGAACAAAUAACUGAGGAAUUUAAUAAGAAGUCAAAUUCUCUUUACACUAUACUCCGUAGCAGCCGGCUUGCCGGAAGUCAGAGAGCACCAUUUCUCAGGCAAUUUCUUAUGCGUCUAAAUUAUAAUUCCUUCUUUGAGGCUACUGCAAGAGGUGUGUUAAAUGGUGUUAGACCGCGUCCAAAUUUGCCUUCUCUGCAGCAAAAACCCUAAAAUAUCAGUAAAGAACAGAUUUAGAAAUACUUUUUGGGGAUCCAACUUGUUUAAUUGGCUGUAGAGAUUAGCAAAACUGUUCUUUUACGUUGGAGAGUAUUACUAAGAGCUACUGAUCUACUGUUCAUUGGAGGCUGAUUAGACCCUAAACAAGAUGCUUACCCACAUAUAACAAGAUUUCCUGGUUCUGCAAACUGCCUAUCUGUUACAAACUAAAUCAGGUCUUGUGAACUGAUAUUAUUGUAUUAUUUUGUUAAAUGAUGGAUAGAUAUUUUAUGAGCGUAGUUCAUCUUUUGUGAUUGUCCACUUAAAUAUUAAGAUUUUAUCAUUAAAUUUCUUGCAAUUAUGUAUAUUAUAAGGCUUCAGCUUUGGAAUUUGGA